UUUCAUUUGAAUGGUUGAACGAUGAGCAGUGAAGAACCGAAGAGGACGAUGGAUUCCAAAUCAAUCAAAUCAAAAGCCGCCUCGCUCGGGUCGUACUACAUCCUGUGCUUCCUGCGGGUGGCAAUGGUUUUCGUUCCGCAGGUGGGCUACAUCCACCCGGACGAGUUUUUCCAAUCGGUGGAAGUGGUGGCAGGGGACGAAUAUGGCCUGGAGGUAACGCGCACAUGGGAAUUCAACAGCACCUUCCCGAUCCGUUCGAUGGCGAUACCGUACUUUGGAUUGAAGCUGCCCUUUGCGUUUCUUCGAUUUUGGUCCAUGUAUACGAAGUAUUACUUUGGUUUGAAUCUGAGGGGAAGCUACGUGAUGUUGGUGUUCCCGCGACUGUUGAUGGUGAUGCUUUCGUUUGUGAAUGAUUGGAGUCUGCGGAAGAUUUGCGAGGCUUAUGGGCUGCAGGCUCAAUUCCGGUUAAUGACGCUGGCCAGCUCAUAUGUGAUGUUGGUUUAUUCAACGAGGACAUUCACGAAUUGCAUUGAGAUGGCACUUUGCUCGUUGCUGCUUUACAUUGUUAGCGAUUGUAUGAUCCACUCGAAUACGGUAAUCUAUCAGAAGGAAUUCCUUGAGGAGAAGUAUCAAAAGGCUAAGAACACUGUCGAAAAGGUUAAGCUGUUCAAGUUGAAGAUGUCGCUCCCGUCGCAUUCACUAAAUAAGUGCGUUCUGAUGGCGACGCUUUGCGUUGCUGGAGUUUUCAACAGGCCAACGUUUUUCCUGUUUGGAUUACCUUUGGUGUUCCACUGGCUGUUGAGAGGAAUGGGAACCAGGACGGUGUCCUUUGCAGAUUUCAAUAUCCGGAUCAUAACGUUUGUGUUGGCAUCGAUUCCUGCUUUGGUAUUUUUGAUCCUGGUGGAUUCCUUCUACUAUGGAUACAUAACUCCAGCAGAAGUGGAACGGUUGGACAUCUCUAUCAACAGUUUCGUAGUGACUCCUCUAAACUUCAUCCGGUAUAACAUCAAUCCGGAGAACACCCAACAGCAUGGCGUACAUCCGUAUUACCUACACCUUAUGGUUAACAUUCCCAUUUUGUACAACGUCCUUGGAGUGAUUGCCGUUUUUUCUUUCAUAGCGAUGCUGCAAAGACUCGCGUCUAACGAGUAUACAAGCCUUCCUCGAGCACAGUCUUUCGUAGGCCUCAUGCUUUGCGCCAUAUUCUUCCCAAUCAUCAUGCUCUCGUUCUUCAACCAUCAAGAGCCAAGAUUCCUCCUUCCGAUUACCCUACCAUUGAUACUCCUUCACGCUCCAAAGCUCAAAGUCGGGUUCUGUCAGUCCUACCCCUUCCGAACACGAUCCUUCUUCAAAGACUUGCUCUACAACCAUUUCCUUUGCACCCGUGCAAGCUCUCGUUACUUACUCCGAGUUUGGUACUCAACCAACAUCGCCCUCACCCUUUUCUAUGGAUUCGUUCACCAAGGAGGAGUCUACCAGCUUGCCGAGCACUUCAGCCGCCAGUUCGAAAUCCGCUCCGCAACAACCCACAUCCACCUCGCAACGAGCCACAUCUACAGCAUGCCUCAAUGCUUCCUCAACCUCCCCAGCAGCAACACUCUUCUUGUCAACCCGGAAAACGGCCAGAAGUAUCGCCGAGGAAAGCGCUUCUUCCUCUACGAGUACGGAAGCACCGACCUGAACGAACUGUACUCCCGCCUGAAAACCAUCUUGGAUGCCUGCGAAAUGAAGCAGUACAGCUCUAACCAACGCUACCUUCUCUACCUCGCAAUCCCUUCGAGCCUCUCCGAAGAUCUGAACGAAGUGUUCCACAACCGAUCUGCCGUUCUCCUCAAGCACACCCAAAGCAAAGUGUUCUACCCACACCUCUCGAUCGAAGCCCCGCCCAAACUGCUCGGCCAGCACCCCUGUGGCAUCAACACCGACUUGGACGAAAUCGGCGACACCUGCCCAAUCUAUGCCUACGAAGACGACGAACAGCAGCGCAAUCCGUUCUCCACGGCUCGUAUUCUCAAACAGUUCAGCUCGCUGGUGCACCAGUUCGGAUUGAUUGUGUACCGGAUCGAGGUGCGGAAGCGGAUCAAAUAACAACCGACGACGAGCGGGAGCGACCGAAUGAGCAGUACCAGCAGUGCGAUCGUUUGGAUUGGGCGGCAUCGGGAUGUGCGGAGCUAGUCAUUUUCUUUCUUUUCGAGAGGGUAAAUAGAUGUGAUAUUUUUUAUGUUUCAAAAACGGUACUUCUUAAUAUAGUUUAAAUAGCUUAAAUCCAAAGCCAUCAAUGAAACAUUCCUGGAACAGUGGAACACAAACGCUAGCUUGUAAGAAUUAACUUCUAUUAAUUUUUAUCAGAAUUGCAAUAAAACGUUUGAAAAUA